UUCCCAUUUCCAUGUCGCGGAGGAAAGAACUUUGAACAGAAAAAACAAAUUAUAUAUACCCACAGAGCGAGCGAGAGAGAGAGAGAGAGACACAGGGACCGAACAGAAGUGGAGAUCAUACACAAAGCUUUUCUCUCUUUCUCUGUGUAAGGGACAGAGAGAACAGAGAGUGGUUGGUCGGUCAUUGGAUUAUUCGUACUCAAUCUCGGCUUCAUCUCUUCUAGUUCUUCUAUUUUGAUUGGUCUGCAAUCGAUUGCUUCUUCAUCGAUUCUGGGUUUGAAGUUUUGCCGACAAAUAAAAUGACCAAGAAGAUAACGUGGAAAUCCUUCGUUCCCGGUUGCUACAGGGCGGAGAUCCCGCCGGAAGAACCCAAGAAGAGAAUUAAGAAGCAAACUUCUUCUUCGUGGAUAUCGUUGACAGACAUAAACAACCCGGGUUCACCACUGUCGGCCGAUGAUAUCUCGAAUUCUGUCAUCGGCUCCAACCUCCAUGCGUUUAUGCUGGCAGAGCUGAGGGUGAUCACGCAGAGCUUCUCGUCAAGCAAUAUCCUGGGCGAGGGCGGGUUCGGCCCAGUUCACAAGGGGUUCAUCGAUGACAAGCUCAGACCUGGGUUGAAGGCGCAGGCUGUGGCCGUUAAGCUCUUGGACUUGGAGGGCUUGCAAGGACACCGGGAGUGGCUGGCUGAAGUUAUAUUUCUUGGGCAAUUGAGGCACCCCAAUCUCGUGAAGUUGAUCGGAUACUGCUGUGAGGACGAGCACCGACUUCUUGUAUACGAAUACAUGGUGCGAGGAAGCCUAGAGAAUCAACUCUUCAGAAGAUAUUCUGCUUCGUUGCCAUGGUCAACCAGAAUUAAAAUUGCGCUGGGAGCUGCCAAGGGUCUCCAAUUUCUGCAUGAAGCGGAGAAACCUGUAAUAUACCGGGAUUUCAAAGCUUCCAAUAUAUUGUUAGACUCGGAUUACACAGCUAAGCUCUCAGAUUUCGGGCUAGCCAAGGACGGUCCUGAAGGGGAUGAAACUCAUGUCUCAACCCGUGUUAUGGGCACCCAAGGCUACGCAGCUCCCGAGUACGUCAUGACUGGUCAUUUGACAAAAAUGAGUGACGUAUACAGCUUCGGAGUGGUGUUCCUAGAGAUGCUGACGGGAAGACGAUCCAUGGACAAGAACCGUGGCCCUAGAGAACAGAACCUUGUAGAGUGGGCAAGGCCACUAUUGAAUGAUAGUCGCAAACUAGAGCGGAUAAUGGACCCAAAGCUGGAAGGGCAGUACUCGAACAAGGGAGCUCAGAAGGCAGCCGCAUUGGCUUACCAAUGCUUGAGUCACAACCCAAAGUCCAGACCCACAAUGGGCAUCGUGGUUAAGACCUUGGAGCUUAUACAAACCUAUAACAACGACAUCCCCAUUGGACCGUUCGUGUAUAUAGCUCCAAGUGAAAACCCCAAGGAAGGUGAUGUCAAAGUGGGUAAGAAGGAGGAGGAAAAGGAAGCAGACAAGAAGAAAGAGAAUGACCACCACCACCACCAGCGUGCAAAGGAGGAUAGAAAGGAAGGUGAAGCAAACAAGGAGGAAAAAGACGAAAACAAGAAAGGCAAUGGACGUCGCCACCACCGUGGCCACCGACAUCGCAUAAGGACACCAAGAUCUCCGGCUGUCUAUUCUGAUAUUACAUUAUAUAAGAAUUUUGGUAGUGGCUUGAAUUCCCCAAAAGCAGUACAGAAGCAAGGGGAAGUAGCUUUGUAGAUUUGUAAAUCAUAAAUCACACUGUUGACUGUACAGAGAUUUUACUUCCGAGUUUCAAGGAAGUGAUGGAGCUUGUGUAAACGGAGCGAGCCAUCUGGGGUUUCUUUUUUAUCUUUAAUCAUCAUCAGUGAAUGUCAAGUAAGGUUAUAACUUAUAAAGAGGUCCAUAAAGGUCUAUAUUGUUGUGAGGACGGACCUCUUGGUCAUUUUAGAAAUUCUUUCAAUACUUGGAAAAUUCAAUCC